AUGUUACUAUUAGUCAACGUCGAACGACAUCAAGAUGUUCUAGGGAAAAUCGUUGCUGAUUUGGUCAAAUAUGGAGUGCCAAUAUCUCUAGUAGCUGGUACUGACAAGAUUUGCACACGAUGCUCUUUUGUGGAAAAGCUGAGCCCAAAAGAGCAGGAGGCUAAACUAUCAACUCUAGUGUCACCAGUGCCGCAGAUUGGAUUCCCUGUGCAGGCGACGAUGGCUGAAGUAAAGGAGGAACCCAAAGGUGAUCGCCGUGCAGAUGACAACCGCGAAAGUGAAAGUCCGUGCGUGACAGCAACUCCGACACCAAUGGCAACGAAUGAGGUCGAUCAGGCAAUUAAACGGGCUCUACGCGUUUCGAACACACCACUCCCUGGUGUGAUGGCUUUGCCGUUGAGCUUUUUUACGCCUACCUGCGACAGAGAGACGUCAAGAGAAACUAGCAAGAACGGAAGUUGUUGUGAAGAAGAAGAUUUUCGACUAUGUAACGUGACCUCAUCAACGUCAGGUCUCCAAGCUUCCAAUGCCAGUCAAGCUGGCAGCAAUGCUGAUUCCAUUUCAGAGCAAAAUCCUGAUCCCGAAAUGUAUUCGCAGCAAAUUCUGGAGGAAUUCUAUCUAAGAGAUCCUUUUGCAUGUGCUAGUCCGGAUAAACGCCAAUCUCUUUGUCAUAUGUUAGAUAUCGAUCCAUACCGGGUUGUGGAAUGUGAUGAAAGGCGUGAACCAAAAAGUGGGUUGGAUAAAGGGUUUCUGCCAGCUCCGAAUUGA